CUCGGGCACCACUCUCCAUUCCUGCAUCCCAUUCCCAUCUCUUCUUCGCCUCCUCCGCCUCGCCGGCGUCACCGUCCGGCCCCGCCUCUUCCCCCCGCUCGAAGCUCGAUCUCUCCUCCCGUUCUCCGCCCACGCAAUCCCUGCCACCGCCGAAUGCGGAACACUCGCCUUUGGUGACCGACUGACCUACCCUGCUUCUGCCGGGUUAGUUGAGUGUCCGCGCCUACCGGACCCCGCGCCGCGUCCGGAUCUCGAAUGCGCCGCCGCCGCCGUCGCGCGAUCUAGCGGCUGCGCGCUGCCCCGCAGGAGGGUAGAGCUCCAGGGGCCCGGUGUGGUCAGGCGGCGGAUAUGGCAACGGAGGCGUCUACCUCUGCGGCGGGCGGGAUCUGGGUGGAGGGGAUGUCCGCGGACAACAUCAAGGGGCUGGUGCUCGCGCUCUCCUCCAGCUUCUUCAUCGGGGCCAGCUUCAUCGUCAAGAAGAAGGGGCUUAAGAAGGCCGGUGCGUCCGGCGUCCGCGCAGGUGUUGGUGGUUACUCUUACUUGUAUGAACCAUUAUGGUGGGCAGGAAUGAUUACAAUGAUUGUUGGAGAAGUGGCUAACUUUGCAGCAUAUGCUUUUGCUCCUGCUAUCUUGGUCACACCACUUGGUGCACUUAGCAUCAUAAUUAGUGCUGCUCUUGCAGACAUUAUGUUGAAGGAAAAGCUGCAUAUAUUUGGUAUACUUGGGUGUGUUCUUUGUGUUGUGGGUUCAACAACUAUUGUACUUCAUGCCCCUCAGGAGCGCACAAUUGAAUCUGUAGCAGAAGUGUGGGAUCUUGCUACUGAACCAGCCUUUCUAUCUUAUGCUGCCAUCGUUCUUGCUGCAACAUUUGUCCUCAUAUACUACUUUAUUCCACGAUAUGGUCAGACACACAUCAUGGUCUAUAUUGGUGUUUGUUCCCUUGUAGGAUCUCUGUCGGUCAUGAGUGUGAAAGCUCUUGGAAUAGCCUUGAAACUGACCUUUUCUGGCAUGAAUCAGCUAAUUUAUCCACAAACAUGGUUGUUCACCAUUGUUGUUGUUGCAUGUAUAGUAACACAGAUGAACUACCUGAACAAGGCUCUUGAUACUUUCAACACAGCAGUUGUAUCACCGAUAUACUAUACAAUGUUCACGUCACUAACCAUUUUGGCUAGCGUGAUAAUGUUCAAGGACUGGGAUCGUCAAAAUCCAACUCAAAUUGUAACAGAGAUGUGUGGUUUUGUUACCAUUCUUUCGGGGACGUUUCUUCUCCACAAGACAAAAGACAUGGUUGAUGGCCUCCCGCCAACUCUACCUGUCCGGAUUCCUAAACAUGAGGACGAUGGAGCUGAAGGAAUCCCUCUCAGAUCCGCUGAAGGCAUCCCGCUCAGAUCACCGAGGGCAACGGAAUCGUUUCGAUCAACGCUAUAAUGGUUGGUGAUCCUUCUUCAAAGGCCAUGGUCAGCCAUUCUUUCAUUUGAUAACACACCUUUGUAGAUUGUAUUUUAGGAUUCCAAAAGGUAAAGGCACCGCUCCCCAUGUAAUUUUUUUGAGACACCGGUGUAGAGUAUUGGGGGAACUUAUGUUAUACAUCUCGAAAUGCCCAGAAUGGGCUUAGAUCC